GGCGGCGUCUGUCUGUGCGUGCAGGUCGCCUCGUUAGGGGAACUCGUCCUCGACUCACGAGUCCAAGGACAAUGCUGAAAGGAAUAACAAGGCUUAUCUCUAGGAUCCAUAAGUUGGACCCUGGGCGUUUUUUACACGUGGGAACCCAGGCACACCAAAGCAUUGCUGCUCACCUAGAUAACCAGCUUCCAGUUGGGAGUCCCAGAGCUAUUUCCCGCACCAAUGAGAAUGACCCGGCUAAGCAUGGGGAUCAGCACGAGGGUCAGCACUACAACAUCUCGCCCCAGGAUUUGAAGACUAUAUUUCCCCAUGGCCUUCCUCCUCGCUUUGUGAUGCAGGUGAAGACAUUCAGUGAAGCUUACCUGAUGGUAAGGAAACCAGCCCUAGAACUUCUGCAUUACCUGAAAAACACCAAUUUUGCUUAUCCGGCCGUACGAUACCUUCUGUAUGGGGAGAAGGGAACAGGAAAAACCCUCAGUCUUUGCCAUGUUAUUCAUUUCUGUGCAAAACAGGACUGGCUCAUACUACAUAUUCCAGAUGCUCAUCUUUGGGUGAAAAAUUGCCGGGAACUUCUGCAGUCCAGCUACAACAAACAGCGCUUUGAUCAACCUUUAGAGGCUUCAACCUGGCUGAAGAAUUUCAAAACUACAAAUGAGCGCUUCCUGAAGCAGAUAAAAGUUCAAGAGAAAUAUGUCUGGAAUAAGAGAGAGAGCACUGAGAAAGGCAGUCCUCUGGGAGAAGUGGUUGAACAGGGCAUAACGCGGGUGAGGAACGCCACAGACGCAGUUGGAAUUGUGCUGAAAGAGCUAAAGAGGCAGAGUUCUUCGGGUAUUUUUCGCCUCCUGGUGGCCGUGGAUGGAAUCAAUGCUGUCUGGGGAAGGACUACUCUGAAAAGAGAAGAUAAAAGACCAAUUGCCCCAGAGGAAUUAGCACUUGUUCACAACCUGAGGAAAAUGAUGAAAAACGAUUGGCAUGGAGGCGCCAUUGUGUUGACUUUGAGCCAGACUGGGUCUCUCUUUAAGCCCCGGAACGCCUAUCUGCCCCAGGAGUUGCUGGGAAAGGAAGGAUUUGAUGCCCUGGAUCCCUUUAUUCCCAUUCUGGUUUCCAACUAUAACCCAAAGGAAUUUGAAAGUUGUAUUCAGUAUUAUUUGGAAAACAAUUGGCUUCAACAUGAGAAAGCUCAUACAGAAGAAGGGAAAAAACAGCUGUUGUUUCUAAGUAACGCAAACCCCUCGCUGCUGGAGCGGCACUGUGCUUAUCUCUAAGCCACCAUCACAACAUUCGAGGAAGACGAGGGACAUCUGCUUUAGGCUGGACACAGUGAGAUGAGGAAGGCUGGCAGUACACAGGAAGAGGAGCCAAGCCCUUAGACCUAUGGGGGAUUGGACAGACUGCAGUUGGCUCUGGACCCGCAUUAAAAAAAUGGUACUGCCUUGUUCCUGAAACUUGUAUCAGUUUAUUGGAUGUGGUUUUCACAUUUAAGAUAAAUGAUGGCUCUUUUUCUAAAUAGAGUAUCUUU